AUGGCCUGCAUUGUCCUCCUCCACCUUUCUUCGAAUGUCCCCAUCUUUGAGGAGGCCUACGGCUUCGUUGAAGUGUUCUCAGGUGCUGGCUGGUGUUCCAGAGUUAUGAGGACUGGUGGCCAUGCAACUGCCAGCUUAGAUAUUCUGAAAGGUGACCCCAAGCCAGGGAAACAGGAUUGCAUGAACCUUCUUUCGGACAGUGGGUUUGCGCUCCUGCUCACGACAAUUCUUAACAUGAAGAUGGACGACAGCCUGUGCCUAAUAGGCUUGGUUUGCACAUCUUGGGUGGCAAUCAAUUCCGCCACUCAUGGGCGUACCCCUUGGCGCCCGCUGGGGAACAUCCAAUUUCCCUAUGUCCGUGAUGGGAAUGAGCUGACGGCUAGGACAGCUCUGGCAGUCCUUGUGCUACAGGCCAUGGGUGCUUGCUGGUGCAUAGAGCAACCCAGGAGCAGCCUGGUUUGGUGGCACCCUCGACUCCGUGCGCUGCUGCGAUCGAUUGAAGAGAUCUUCUCAACUGCCUGGUGGAUGGGGCACUAUUACAGCGCCACGGCCAAGCGCCACAUUUGUUGGGCCAACUCCAAGAAGAUUGGACGGCUCAACAAGGGUGUGCUGACGAAGCAGCAGCGAAAGUCGAUCUCGGACUCUGGAGUCAGGACAUACCCACCCCGCUUUGGCAUCCAACUCUUGAAGAUCCGUCGCCAACUGAUCGACACCCGCGUUCCUCCACCAGUGGUUCCUGAUGAUGUGGCUGCAAAGGACCUGCAGGAGUUCUUUCGAGAUAUGCCGUGGGACGACCUACAUGAGGAUUCCAACCUGAGGGAUGUUUUGUUCUACUUGAGAGGGAACACAUCUCUCAACUUGGGUAGCUGGCGCCCCUUGUUCCCAACCUUCAUGUGA